GCAGCGGGGAACCCAAGACCCCAAAAGCAAGAGCUCCCCACACCUGCAUCAUCUUCCUCUUUCCAUUCUUGACCACGCCGAGAUGCUUGGCUUCAACAGCAAAACCGCCUGUGUUUCCAUGAAGAACGGGGCCCUUCAUUUGCGGAGGAGGGGUCACUAUGAGGGGCUCUUGGAGUUCGGAUGGCACAGUGACUCCAGGAUGCUGUGAGCAUUUGAGAGGCAGCCAACACGCCGAGCAUUGCGUGUUACAUGAGGUGUUCAUGGAUGGCGUUUGAUAUUCGUCGGAUGAUAUCCAUCCCAUUUUAGGUACCUAGUGCUGUGCCGAGCCUUCUUAAUCAUUGCUUGAAUAUCUGGCCCUAAAGGUUCUCACGGCAGGUGCUCGUGCUCAUUUGACCUCUCUCGUCAUCUUCCCGUCAACCUCGGACCUUCCACUUCUUCUUCUCACUCCGCUACACCAUAGAACCCACAGCGCAGAGGAAGCUGAAUCGUGACCAUGUCGUUCUUCAAGAAGCUCAAGAAAGACCUUGCCGAAGAUCUAGGCAAGCUAGGUCUCGUCGACAAGAAGGAGGAAAAGCCGGCCUACUCCGGUUCGCGCGAUUACUACCCCCCUCCUCAGCAGCCACCGCAACAAUCAUAUUCUCCUCAGCCUCCUCAGGGACAGUCCCAGCCUCCAUACCACGGCGGCAGCUACCAGCACCCUCCACCCCAGCAGCCCGGCUACCAAGGAGAGUACUCCCCGCAACAGCCAGGCUACACUGCCCCUCCCGGCGCUCCCGUUCCGAGCUACGGAUCCCGUCCAGCGCCGCCUUACAACCCUCCCUCCGACAAGCCGCCCCUGCCCUCGGGCUGGACCCCGAAGUGGGACGACGAGUAUCAGAGAUGGUACUACCUUGAGGAGGCCACGGGCCGCUCGCAGUGGGAAGCCCCUGGCUUUGAGAGAUCCAGGCUCGCCGGCGGUGCCGGUGGUGGUGAGCAAGAGUCGCGCGGCCACGGCGACGGCAGUUCUUAUCCUCCUCCCCAGCAGCAGCAGUACGGCGGUGGUGGUGCCCCCGACUAUGGCUAUAGCGGUGGCGGUGGACAUGGUGGACAGCCCGGGCAGUAUGGCGGUUACCAACAGCCCCCGCCGCCGCCGCAGGGAUACGGUUAUGAUCAGCAGCAGCAGGCGUAUGGUGGCGAGCCGGUAAAGGAGAAGAAGAAGAAGGAUAACAGUGGUCUGUACAUGGGUGCAGCUGCUGGUCUGGCUGUUGGUGCCGUUGGCGGCGCUGUUCUUGCUCAUGAGCUGGCCGAAGACUCCGACUCCGAUAAUGAGCACCGCGCUGCACCUCCCCCACCACCUCCAGCGGCCUAUGGCGGCGAUAGCUAUGGCGGCUACGGUGGUUACGGUGGUGAUUAUGGCGCUCCGCCCCCGCCUCCCCCUGCGGAGCCGCCUCUCGAUGGUCCCAUCCCGACAACAAAUGUGUAUGGUGAGGAGAUCGAUCAAAGUGAUCGUGAGUCAAUUGCUUCCGCCCGUGAAGAAUACGAGGAGGCUCUAGAAGAGGCACAGUCGUCUUCUGCUAGCAGUAGUGACCAGGAAGAGCUCGAGGAGGCGAGAGAGGAGUAUGAAGAGGAGCUUGAGGAGGCGUAUUAUGACGACUGAAUGGAACAAGGAACUAUGAGGAAGGAAUGAUUGAGGAGAUACGGGCAUUCUUUGGUGUGAUUAAGCGGUGAUGAGUUGCGCUAGGUUGGGAACAGCUUUCCGGUGUCGCUGGGCUGUUGGUGGGAGCAUUUCAUUACUAUAUACCUUCUAAAAGACGCACUUCAGUCUUUCUUUAUUCAACACACUCUUCAUCCAC